CGAGGGCUCAUCUCAGCAGUGGCAAACCAGUAAACAAGAAAGCUUGGGCGUAGCUCGCAACUAGGCAGCGAGAAGAGGAGAGCAUCGUCCGUUCACCAUGUGGCCGGAGAUGAAGGCGUGGGCGUCCAUGGCCGACGACCCGCUGAAGCGCGCCUCGUCGUCGGCGACGAGCCCGUCCAGCCCCAUGCGCCGCUUCAGCCCCACCACGAUGGCCGUCGGCGGCCUCCUCGCCGUCGGCACCGUCGGCUACUUCAUGUUCAUGGGCAAGGACGACAGGCAGCGCGAGCGCGACAGGCACAACGAGCGCCUGGCUCAGCGCCCCUGAGAAGCUGCCAUCGUCGCCGCCCCUCGCCUGAGGGAGGCGAACGCCGUCUAGCUUAGCAUACUAGCCGCCGCCGCGUAAUAGUAAUAAAAUCCUCCCCCUUCCGUGUGCUCUGUUGUUUAUGUACUCUUUUAUCAGUGAAACAUGCAUAGAUUUCGCUGAGCA